CUCCGAUUUCUCAUUGCUGAAUUUCUGCAUCUAAUCGGGGUAAGAAGCUGACAUCUUAUAUGAACUUAUAUAUUUAUAAGGUUCUUUAUUAUUUGUCAUGUAAUAGAUGGAUCCCAUGGCCUUUCUCAUUUUACUUAGCUGUUGAACAUAACAAUUCACAUUGUCAAGAAGGAACCUGCAAGUAAGCAUUUCGUUGGACGAUGUAUACCAUGUGUAUCCCGUACAUACGACUAUAAAACUUUAAACUUUAUAUUGCUAUAAGUGUUGACUCUAAUUUCAAACUUGUACUUAAUAUUUGUGGAUCUGUGUGUAAAGUAUAGUGUAAUGACUGUCAUACAUAUGGUUUAUAGAAUUUUUUUCUUAAACUCUAAGAAAACAAUCCCUUUGUAUCAUUGUGUGACCUUCUUCUGGCACAAUAGCUAAAAAAAUGAUUGGUCAUCAGUCUCUCAAUUAAAUAUCGAAAUUAUUUUAUACAACGUGUGGAUCUAAUCCUGGAUGCUGAUUUGUUAAAACCGUAUUCCAGCCGGUGUCUAUUUAACAAGUUAUCACCGGCUAAAUCUAUGAUGUUGAAAUGCCUAUUUACUCUGUUCCAUCUGACUGCGCAAUCCACUGUCUCAUCAGCUCAGCCAGGCAAUUUAUAUACUAGAUCUACACUGUAAAAAGCCUCUAGACAUUAUCUCCCAUUUCUUUAAGACUAGCAUUUGGUUUUCAACAGUGGAGAUUUGCAAUAACCUUGCUGUCUGUAUCUCUGAUAUUUGCAACAUUGAAAUUCAAUCUCCAGCUGUCCUAUGGUAAUGAAUGUGUCAGGAGUCGGGACAAGACAGACAGGCUGGCAGCUGUUCUCAGCCAGUCGAAAUCAUGAAUCAGCAUCAUUUUUAUGCAUAUAUACAAAGAAAUAUCAAUAGAAAACACGAAAUGCAGCUAGUUUGCUGUCAUUCCAGCUUCAAUUUGAAUUGAUUGUGUUAGCUGUGUAGUUGGCUAUCUCUUCUGAACAGUGGCCUGGUGAAAGAGCAAAUGUUCUAUGCCAGGCGAAAUGCCACAUCAUUAGCUGAUUGUUAUGGAUGUAUAAAAAAUUAAUCACUAGGAAACAGCUUAAACAAAUGCAAAUGCAGCUACUUUGCUGUUAUUCUGGCUGAACUGUUUGACGUGACUGUUGGCUAGCUAGCAAGCAAUGGAUAAGAACGUUGCCAAUAAGCAAUUUACCUGUCUAACAUCAUUUACAUUUUACAUUUUAGUCAUUUAGCAGACACUCUUAUCCAGAGCGACUUACAGUUAGCAUCAUCAGCACGCUUGCGCUCAGAUGGGAGGGUUGGAAAUAUUUUAGGCGUGUCCUUAAAAACAUGAUCCAAAGUGCUAAUUUCAGGCAGCGCUGGUAGGGAUAUUUAAGACCAACUAAAAGCUUGUUUUAGCGGUAACGCAGUUGGUUAUGCCAUGGAUUUGGACAGCGGAAAUGCAGCCUAUCCAGCCGUGACACACAUUGUUCAUAUGCGUAUGCAACAAGAUGUACUUUUGGUGCCUGUAUACUUCGUAUUUAGAAACAUAAAAUACUAAUAUUUUUUCCCCAUUUCGUUUUAUUUGAUUAAAAACCAAGCAUAGCCUCCCCUCCUCUCAAUGAAGGCUGUUUUCUUUUUGUCCUGCCCAAUGUAAUCAAGUAGGCUAGUCAAGACCAUUGAUAAAGUGAAAAUAUGGUGAGUAAUGUGUUGUCUUGGAUUUGCCCCAAACAUAACACUAUGUAUUCAGGACAAAAAGUUAAUUGCUUUGCCACAAUUUUUGCAGUAUUACUUUAGUGCCUUGUUGCAAACAGGAUGCAUGUUUUGGAAUAUUUUUAUUAUGUACAGGCUUCCUUCUUUUCACUCUGUCAAUUAGGUUAGUAUUGUGGAGUAACUACAAUGUUGUUGAUCCAUCCUCAGUUUUCUCCUAUCACAGCCCUUGAUGAACUGUAACUGUUUUUGUUUUUUUGUUUUUUCACCUUUAUUUAACCAGGUAAGCCAGUUGAGAACAGGUUUUAACGUCACCAUUGGCCUCCUUCCUCUCUGGCAUGGUGAAAUCCCUGAGCGGUCUCCUUCCUCUCUGGCAACUGAGUUAGGAAGGACGCCUGCAUCUUGGUAGUGACUGGGUGUAUUGAUACACCAUCCAAAGUGUAAUUAAUAACUUCACCAUACUCAAAGGGAUAUUCAAUGUCUGCUUUCUAUAUUUUUACCUCACUGGUCUUUGUGGUUAAAUCUGUGUUUGAAAUUCACUGCUUGACUGAGAUGAGGUAGUCAUCCAUAAAUCAUGUUAAACACUAUUAUUACACACAGAGUGAGUCCGUGCAACUUAUUAUGUGACUUGUUAAUCAAACUUGUUAAUUGUAUGUGUACAAUUAUUUGUCUUAUAGAAUUAUCAUGGUGAAGUACACAGUGCAAGUGUGGACUGGAGAAAUGCUGCUUGCCGGCACACUGAACAGUGUCUACGUUCAACUGGUCGGCACAAAGGGAGAAAGUAAACGCACAUACAUCCCUAAAACCGCCUGUCAAGGAUCGGUAAGUUCUCAAAAAAGUUGUAUUAUACCACAAUCCAUUUGGGUGUUUCGAAUGCCAAAUUAAAGCUACAUUAUGGGAUUCCAAAAAAAAAAAAAACAGGCUCAACUUAGUCGACGUUUAGAGAACGUUGUGUUUGCUGGGAAAACAUUUCACCUAUCUCUCUGUAGGUGAUUGAGCAUGAUGUGUCCUGUCCCUCCUCCCUGGGCCAUCUGGAGUUUGUGGUGCUGGAAACAGAGCCGUACGCCCUGCUUGCCUACAUCAACGAUGACUGGUUCUGUUCUAAAGUUGUGGUGACCACACCAGAGGGCAACACGGUCAACUUCCCCUGUAACCACUGGAUCUCAGGCUAUGAGCGUCUGGUGUUCAGAGAGGCAACUGGUCAGUAUGUUGGCAUACAGUAUAGAUCAUUGUGUAAGUUUAGUUUUGGGUAGAUUUUUUUUGGGGUAGUUUUGGGUGCUGUCAUUUGUAGUUUAAAUUCUAAUUUUAUUUGUCACAUGAGCCAAAUCCAACAGGUGUACACCUUACCGUGAAAUACUUACUUUCAAGUCCUUAACCAACAAUGCAGAGUAAAAAAAAUUAAGUAAAUAUUUUCUAAAUAAAUUAGAGUAAGUAACACAAUAAAAGAACAAUAACGAGGCUAUAUAUAAGGAGUACCGGUACCGAGUCAAUGUGCAGGGGUACAGGUUAGUCGAGGUAAUUGAGGUACUAUGUACAUGAAGGGUAAAGUGCAUAGAUAAUAAACAGAGUAGUAGCAGAGUAUGUGAGGGAAUGUGACUGUAUGAAUAAAUAAGAAUAAAAAGGGGGUCAAUGCAAAUAGUCCGGGUAGCCAUAGUUUAUUUUGAAAUGGGUGUGCAAGGAGCCAUAUUUAUGGAAUAAUGGUCGAUAUAUACAGUGGAUUUCUGAAGAUGUUCACCAGUCCAUAAAAACAUGAAAAUGAUCCAAAUGUCUGGUCUUUUGUAUAUAAGGUAAGCUGAUAUUCAAUGAGACCUGCCCAGAGGCCAUAGAGGAGAGAAAGAAGGAGUUGCAGAGUCGCCGUGAUGUGUACCGGUGAGCUUUCUGGAAACAUGACUACUUUCUAAAGAUCCAGUUGCAACUUUACACAAUAUCCAAAUAAAAACAGAACUCUUAAUAAAUUGAUGUGCAAUUGUAAUAACAACGGCAGGUGGCCAAGUGGUUAAGAGCGCUGGGCCAGUAACCGAAAGGUUGCCGGUUUGGGUCACCAAGCUGACUAGGUGAAAAAUCUGUUGAUAUGCACUUGAGCAAGACACUUAACCCUAAUUGCUCUGGAUAAGUGUGUCUGCUUAAUGGUAACAUUUUUAUAUAAGCCCCCUCCCUUUUUGUAUGGUUUAGGCCUGUGUUCAAAUACUAUUGGAAAUCUUUCAAAUACUUUGAGCAUUUAGUUUAGCCUGCCUGGAGUAGCAAGGUGGGCAGGGUUUGCACUUAAAAAGAAGAAUCAACCCAGGUCUGGUAUGGUAGUGUGUUGUUUAAUAGUGAAUAACAGGCUGUGUAUCCCGUCUUGAUUUACCAUGUCUAUUCCGUUCAGGUGGAGUAUAUAUGCCGAGGGUCUGCCCCAGAUAAUGAAAGUUGACAGCGCUUCUGAUCUCCCUGCUGAGGUCCGCUUCUCUUUCACCAAGGACUUGGAGUUCAAGUUCACAGCAGUCAAAGCGUAAGUUAGAGCACUGGUUCUCAACCUUUUUUCGCUUACUGUACCCCAAUCAAAUUUAGCUCUUUGAGUAGUACACCUGAAGUACCCCCUUCGUGUGAAUUUCACCUUUAGGCCUAUUUUCUUAUUAAUUUUCCCAAGUACAGGCCAACAACCCUCAGGGGUACAUGGACCCCAGGUUGAAAACCAUGAGGCAACACCAGGAAAUGUAUUCGAUCUGUCAUAAUCUAUGCAUAAUCAUGUCCCCAACAUACCUGUGAAAAUAUUUCCUUUUAAGUGAGAUGUGAUUCUCCUAGACCUGUUCAGGUAAUUGCAAGAUCAUGAGAAGAGGGGAAUUUGGCCACCAGGGUUGUGGAGCGUGGAAUAUGGCAAUGAUGCCAAGAAUGACACCUCAGGCUAGGUUUGCCUAAAUUAAUUUUGUUUUUAUAUCUAAAACUGUAUAUCUAACAAGCCAUUCAGCAGACAUUUUACAUUUAUUUAUGUUAUAUACACUGAACAAAAAUAUAAACACAACAUGUAAAGUGUUGGUCCCAUGUUUCAUGAGUUGAAAUAAAAGAUCCCAGAAAUGUCCAUAUGAGCAAAAAGCUUAUUUCUCUGAAAUUGUGUGCACAAAUUUGUUUACAUCCCUGUUAGUGAGCAUUUCUCCUUUGCCAAAAUAAUCCAUCCACCUGACAGGUUUUGCAUAUCAAGAAGCUGAUUAAACAGCAUGAACAUUACACAGGUGCACCUUGUGCUGGGGACAAUAAAAGGCCACUCUAAAAUGUGCAGAUUUGUCACAAAACACAAUGCCACAGAUGUCUCAAGUUUUGAGGGAGUGUGCAAUUGGCAUGCUGACUGCAAGAAUGUCCACUAGAGCUGUUGCCAGAGAAUUGAAUGUUAAUUUCUCUACCAUAAGUCACCUCCAACGUCGUUUUAGAGAAUUUGGCAGUACGUCCAACCGGCUUCACAGCCGCAGACCACGUGUAACCACGCCAGCCCAGGACCUCCACAUCCGGCUUCUUCACCUGCGGGAUCAUCUGAGAACAGCCACCCGGACAGCUGAUGAAACUGUGGGUUUGCACAUCCAAAGACUUUCUGCACAAACUGUCAGAAACCGUCUCAGGGAAUCUCAUCUGCGUGCCCGUCCUCACCAGGGUCUUCACCUGACUGCAGUUUGGCGUCAUAACCGACUUCAGGGGGCAAAUGCUCACCUUUGAUGACCACUGGAAAGCUGGAGAAGUGUGCUCUUUGCGGAUGAAUCCCAGUUUCAACUGUACCGGGUAGAUGGCAGACGUUGUGUAUGGCAUUGUGUGGGCGAGCGGUUUGCUGAUGUCAACUUUGUGAACAGUGUGCCCCAUGGUGGCGAUGGGGUUAUGGUAUGGGCAGGCAUGAGCUACGGACAAUGAACACAAUUGCAUUUUAUCGAUGACUAUUUGAAUGCAGAGAGAUACGGUGACGAGAGCCUGAAGCCUAUUGUCGUGCCAUUCAUCCUCCACCAUCACCUCAUGUUUCAGCAUGAUAAUGCACAGCCUCAUGUUGCAAGGAUCUGUACACAAUUCCUGGAAGCUGAAAAUGUCCCAGUUCUUCCAAGGCCUGCAUACUCACCAGACAUGUCACCCAUUGAGCAUUUUUGGGAUGCUCUGGAUCGACAUGUACGACAGCGUGUUCCAGUUCCUGCCAAUAUCCAGCAACUUCGCACAGCCAUUGAAGAGGAGUGGGACAACAUUUCACAGGCAACGAGCAAUUGCUUGAUCAACUUCGCAAAACCAUUGAAGAGGAGCGGGACAACAUUCCACAGGCAACGAUCAAUAGUGUGAUCAACUCUAUGCGAUGGAGAUGUGUCACGCUGCUUGAGGCAAAUGGUGGUCACACCAGAUACUGACUGGUUUUCUGAUCCACUCCCCUGCCGUUUUUUUAAAGGUAUCUGUGACCAAUAGAUGCAUAUCUGUAUUCCCAGUCACGUAAAAUCCAUAGAUUAGGGCCUAAUUUAUUUAUUUCAACUGACUGAUUUCCUUAUAUGUACUGUAACUCAGUAAAAUCUUUUAAAUUGUUGCAUUUUGCGUUUAUAUUUUUGUUCAGUGUAUGUUAUAUAUGUUAUGUAUAUGUUAUAUAUUGAUUUAUUAUAUAAAUAUAAUACAUGAAUAUAUUCCAUUUAGCAGACACUUUUAGCCAAAGCCAUAUUGGUGGUCCCAGCAGGAAUCAAACCCACUAUCAUUGUAGCCAUGCUCUACCAACUGAGCCACACAGGACCACACAGGAACGCAUUUAACCCAAAGAGCAGACAUUUUUACCAAAUCAAAUUACGAUUGACACAUAUUCAAUAGAUGUGGCCCGUGCAUGAAUCAACCACCCAAGAUGGAGGAUGAAGAGUAAGGGACCCAGCACAGAGUCCUGGGGGACACUCUGGCAUUGUUGGCACCAUUCUCUGACCAACUGCACCAUCUGACGACAACUUUCGCAUGUUGAAGUUAAUUUCCUUCUCUGUCCCGGCAGAUUGAUAGACCUGAACCUAGCAGGACUGUCCACCAACAAGGAGCAAUGGAAGAGUAUGGAUGAACUCAGUCACGUCUUUAAUAGCCGCAAGACUGAUGUCUAUGGUAAGAUCUGGUCAGUGGUGUCUGUCUUGAAUAAGUAAUGGAUUCAAAUGGUUUACUGGAACCAUUAGCAUCUCAUUAUUAUUUCUACCAAAGUGUCAUUUUACACAUGCACAUUUCUUUCUCUUCUAGACUAUGUCGAAAAGAACUGGAAGAAGGACGUGUUUUUCGGGUACCAGCUUCUGAAUGGCCUCAACCCCAUGAUGAUCCAUCGCUGCUCCAAGCUUCCAGAGAACUUCCCCGUCACAGAAGACAUGGUGAAAACUUCCCUCUUCGGAAAAAGCCUUGAGAAGGAAAUUCAGGUUUGUCAAAAUAGUUGAAUGUCUGUUGUCACUCAUCGUUCUGUUAUUGCUCUAGUGGUUUUUUCCUCGGUAAGUUGUGUGUAGUAUGUUACAUUGUGCUGUACAUUGUGUCAGUAGCCUACACAUUUAUUUGGUAUGGUGUUGACGUUGACGUCAUCUGCUUCCUAACUCAUUAAUGUCCUAACCUAAACAGAAAGGCAACAUCUUCCUGGUUGACUACAAGCGCCUGCAUGGAGUGACUGCAAACGUGAUCAACGGGAAACAGCAGUUCUUGGCUGCGCCGCUCUGCUUGCUUUACAUGACCCCAGAAGAGAAGCUCAUGCCCAUCGCAAUCCAGGUACAUCUCACAUGAGAGCGAAAUGUAGAGUUAUGAAAUCUACAUUGAAGAAGCUUAACAUAACAUUUACCACUGGGGGUGCUCUUGAGCCAAAAGGGGUCCCCUAAAUGGAAAGAAAUGUUGCCCAGAAAUGACCUCAUUGACCAAAAAGCAAAAACCAUGAGCAAAAGCAUAAACUGUUAGCCUAAAUCUAAGUAUUUUGUGUUUUCAUGAGUUAAGAAUUUGAUUCAUGUUAUAUCAUAUGCCCUUAUGAACCAUACAGACAACACUCAAGCCAAAGGUUUAAGUAAACAAUUAACAAUUCAACUUCUGUAUGUCUUUAAAUUAAUUAUAGUGACAAAAUACGCAUUCUCAAUUAAUGAAGCAAGCCAUGAUUGUGUUUCGCAUUUCCUUUCACAGCUGAAGCAGGAGCCUGGAGAAGACAACCCCAUCUUCCUUCCUACUGACUCUGAGUACGACUGGCUCCUGGCCAAGAUCUUUGUGAGGAACGCCGACUUCGCCGAACACGAGCUGAACUUUCACCUGCUGAGGACUCACCUGCUGGCUGAGGUGUUUGCCGUGUCGACACUGCGCAACCUACCAAUGGUGCAUCCACUCUACAAGGUACAUACCUGCUGCUGUGCAUGCAGACACUGAGUUUGUUUUCAAGUGUUAUAAAACGAUAUCUGUGCGAGUUAUUUUUUUCCAAUCAACUGAUUAUGUUUAACAUGAUAAUUCAAGAUAAACAUGAAGAAUUUGAAAAAAAUUCUAUACAAAAUGCAUGUUUUAUUUUUAUGAUUUAAAGUUGCAGUGGGUUGUAGUACAGUACAAUACAUAGCAUUUUUAGGUGUGAAUUUCAUGUACGAUCGUUCCAUCUUUCUCCAUAGCUCCUGAUCUCUCACUUCCGCUACACUCUGCAGAUCAACACUCUGGCUAGAGAGAACCUCAUUUCAAAGAAAGGAGUGAUCACAGAGGUACUACCUAUUCCAUUCUUAUGGUGUUAUGUUCUAUGAUAUGCUCAUACUUAUGGAAUGUCACAAUGCUAAUGUCAAUCAACCUUUUGGGGUCUCCAACAGGUGGAUUGCGAGAUACCAGUCGCAGACCACAUGAGUAGCUCGCCAAACAAUUCUGAAAGAAAUGUUUCAUGUUUUCCACCGCAAACUGUCAUAAAAAAUCUCACAAUAUUAGAAACCAUCUAAUCAAUGCAACAUUAUCCCACCCCUUGUUAGACACUAUUGGCUUAAAAAGCAAAACCUAACACAAUAUCUGCCAAUGUAAUUUCCAGCAAUAUUGCUCCCGUCUGUCUGUGUGAUGCGUGCGUUUGUCUCACUCAGUCCGUGUGUAGCCAGUUGAUGUGAUAACCGUAUUGUGGGUUGACAGAAAUACUUUCCUGAAAGCCUUCUCAAUUAAAUGUUAAAUGCAAAGUAGGCUUACCUGGCAGAAGUAUAUCAUGAUUAAGUAUAUCAUUUGUAUCUAUUAUUUGUUAUUUGCAAACUUUGCCAUGAAAUGAGCAGCAGCCGUACAGAACCAUCACCAGAUCGACAAAUUAGACGGCACGUUCCUCUCUCGCUAGAUGCACAAAUAACCUCUAAAAGUCUAAGCCAAAGUCUAAGCCAUUGUAGGACACCUUUAGGUAUCCCAAAAAAUAUGUACAAAUUAUUUGAUAAAAUGUUGAAUUUGGCCUUUACUAUAGCUCAUAGAAACACAUUGAUAAAUCAUAAGGAAUAAGGUUUUGAAGUGUCUGUCCUAUAUCUAGGAGAUAUAAGAAUGCUAUAUAUACAGUACCAGUCAAAAGUUUGGACACACCUACUCAUUCAAGGGUUUUUCUUUAUUUUUACUAUUUUCUACAUUGUAGAAUAAUAGUGAAGACAUCACAUAAGGAAUCAUGUAGUAACCAAAAAAGUGUUAACCAAAUCAAAAUAUUUUAUAUUUGAGAUUCUUCAAAUAGCCACCCUUUGCCUUCAUGACAAAUAUUUUGAUUUGUUUAAUACUUUUGUGGUUACUACAUGAUUCCAUGUGUUAUUUCAUAGUUUUGAUGUCUACACUAUUAUUUUACAAUGUAAAAAAUAGUAAAAAUAAAGAAAAACCCUUAAAUGAGUAGGUUUGUCUGAACUUUUGACGUAGUGUAUAUUUUAUUUUUUACAUACUUAACCCCUUUGUUUUGUUGGCACAAAACUACCUCCAUUCGUUUGUAUGGUUGAUCUUCAGACAAGUCCUGUGACACUUGUGGGGUCGUAGAGCAAAACGUAGUACACCAUCGUGUUCGUGAGGGUCUCCCCUUUCCAAAAUAGUUUCUAAGCAAAAUAAAAUGGCGAAAAAUAUGAUUUGGGAAAAUAAACAUGUUUUUUGGGGGGGGAAAUCACAGAUUUUAUAGAGUUGUUUAUUAACCAUUAUUUUACCAGGUAUAUUAACAAAAAACAUAGUGCACUAACUAACAAAAAUAGGGGGCAGGCAAAUGACAGGUCACAGGCAAAUGACAGGUCACGGGCAGGCAGAGGUCAGUAAUCCAGAACAGAGUCCAAAAGGUACAGAACGGCAGGCAAGCUCAGGGCAGGCAGAAUGGUCAAAACCGGGAAAAUAGGAACUUGAGAAAGACAGACACAAGGGGAAAACCGCUGGUAGGCUUGACUAAACAAAACGAACUGGCAACAGACAAACCGAGAACACAGGUAUAAAUACACUGGGGAUAAUGGGGAAGAUGUGCGACACCUGGAGGGUGGUGGAGACAAUCACAAAGACAGGUGAAACAGAUCAGGGUGUGACAGCACGGCUAACUGAUACAAUUCAUUUUCACUAUCAUUGCUAUAUUCUCCCAAAAUUCUAGCCAAAUUACUUUGGAUUUGCUAAAUUACCAGCUAACAUAUUUAAAAACUGUUCGGAUGAAACAACAACACUCUAGGUAAAUCUAAAAUAAGUCCUUCUGAACAUUGAAUAAUCAUAUAAUCUUAACAUUGGGGUACCUCUCACAUUUGACGAGUCAUUCAAGCCAAAUCGUAAUGAGCUGGUUAUCGUUAUGAGACGUACACCUAGCAACACAUACCUCAGUAGAGGGAUUCUAUCAACAGGCUGAACUCUGUCAGGUUUGCACUGUUGUGAUACAUUUAUGUGAACCUCUCAGCCGUAAAAAAACAUUUUUUCCCUUCACCCACGGAGCAGCCCUGGCGUCUGUCAUUGAUAACCCCAUUUGAUGUUUAAAACACUGAUCGCCGUUAGAAAACACUGCAUCCAGCCAAAUUAAUGCGGAUGGAUUAGCUGACGCAUAACAAAACUCCUGACAGGCCUGAUGGAAAUAGCAAAAUCUUCUGGAAAAUAUCCUAAUAUUGGCUCAACAAAAUAGGUGGGGUGGAUAAUUUUUUUGUCGUUGAAAUAGAUAAUGCCACAAUUGCGGUGGAAAUGCUUUUAUGCUCAAAUAUUGAUCUAAUAACUAUCAUGUUGAAGUAAACUUGAAGACACGCAAGGAUAUGUUGUGCUGUUGUCCCACCACAAUGUGGAAAAGCAUGAAGAGUUUAUUAGGCUACAGAUUAAAUAAGUGAUGAGCUUGAUGCGAAUUUUCCAUAAAUAUCGAGAGUAUUAUUUGUAUGCUGAUGACAUGAUGAUCAGUGCUUGGCUGCCAAUAAUUAUUAGAAAAUAAAAAUGAUCUUAUCCAUAUCUCAUCACUUAACCUACCCUCCCCACUUUAUGCCAACUGUUGUCUAAACAAGAGAGCAUGCGCCAAGACGAGGUUGGCUAUUUAUCGCAACAGUUUUUGUCACAUAACCAUCGGUAGAGUUGAAAAUGCAAUGGAAACACAUCAACCUUCUGUUUUUUAUUCAGUACAUGAAAACGUAUGCGAAAAGUGCUUUUUAUGUACACUAGGUCAUCAAGCACAGCUUUGAUAGAAAUCAAGCCAGUUUGAUAGAGACUCCUAUCCGUUAAAAUGCACAUAUUUUUUCAGUGAAUAUUCGAACAUUCGCUUGAAAAUCUUUCGACAAGUGGAUGGAAACCUAGCUAUAGACAGACUUGCAUUUUGGCUUGGCUGGAAUCAAUCAUUCAGCGUGAGAUAAAGAUGCUGUUAGAUUCCACUGGAGCAGACCGGAAAGAUAUGUGCACGCCUACCCUAAUUACAAGUUUGAUUUGAUCUGUUAUUUGUUAAAAUGUGAAAUGAUACCUGGCCUUUAUAAGAGAAUGGUGUUAAGGAUUAACAAAAAUGUGUGACAAAGGACUAGACUUGAACGUAACAAUUAACUAGCUGUCUUGAAUGCAGCUCCCUACCAACUCAACAAGCACCAGCUGCUAACCAUUGCCAAUCAGCCUCAACUACUGUUGGCAACACUUAACAAGUUGCCUUGAACGUAACUCCUCAAACCAGCUCCAGCUGCUACUAACUGCUAAUCAGCCUCAACACCUGUUCUCGCUCUCCUUAAUCACCACUACCUCCUUACUUAAACCUGACCAAACAGUCAUUCAUCCUCUCUGUUUUGCGUCGCAUGCAAGACGCUGAAUGUGAUCAGCCUCGAUUUAUCGUAGUUCUACUUAAGUUAGCGUCCUUACGUCGUUUACUAUGGAGAUUGAUCUCACUGCCUUGGAAUUCGAGGUGUUUUCAGACCAAGUUCUAGACUCUCCCUUCUCCAUUAUCAAGGACACACCACCUCUAACCAGACGGCUGCGGUCCGUUGUCUCGGUGCCCCGCCACCGUUCCACGCCUCAAAAAUAACUGGAAUGCCGGGGCUAGCCUCCAGGCCGUUCUCCCUGCCCGCUGGAGCUCAUCAGCCCCCCUGCCAAGGGCUUUCCAUCUCUCUUUGUGUGUCCUCCGGCACACUGGCUCAUUCUCCACCCCCUGAUCUUCAAUCCGCCUGCAGUCUCUUCCUCUCUCUGCCGGAAGAUACUACAAGGUGCAGACAUUAAUCGUGCCUCACUCCUUCUUCCACACAGGCCUUACCCCGCAUCAACUGCGGCCUCUUGCAGGUGCUCCUGUGCUCCACUGAUCCUCACCACUCCAGGGUUUCACUGUCCCAGAAUUUGCUUGGCUUUCUCCCAUUAGAGACGUCAUCUGCUCAGCCCAUCCUUCUCGCUGCCAAGAGUUGGACGACUGCAAAUCCAUCACGGAUCUGGCUGUCCGUUUCGGUGGUGCAACCUUUUACGACUACCGUCGCCGGUUCUCAAAUCAAUCGAGGCACUGAAUAGGAAGAAAGCUUUUGAAACAGGUAAUGGGGAUGAGUUGCGAGUAGUACAGAAGGAGAUUCAAGGGCUGAUCAAGAAAGGCAAACAUGAAUACAAACUGAAGCUAGAACGCAAGCUGCAAGCGAAUAACAUGAAGGAUGUCUGGGAUGGUAUGAAGAAGAGAGCAGGCUACAGCCCCAGGGGACAACUAACAGAGUGAUGAGGGAAGGGACAGAGCCACAGAGUUGAUGAGGACGAUGUCUCAGCAGAGCAACAGCAGAUAGGGGAGGUGCUGGACUCUGAUCUGGGAACCACUGAGCCCAUGAGCAUCUCGGAGGAACAAGUGGUGAAGCAGCUGAAGAGGAUCAAUCUGCAGGGCCUGAUAGGGUUAAAGCCAGAGUACUCAAGGUAUGUGCUAAUCAACUGGCUUUCAUACAGCAGUAUAUUUUCAACCUGUCCCUAAUACUAUCAGAUAUUCCUACUAAAUGUGAAACAUCCUGCAUAGUGCCCAUCUCAAAGAAAGCGGGAGGGACUGCACUGAAAUACUUUAGACCAGUGGCUUUGACAUCACAAGUCAUAAACCUUUUGAGCGGGUUUUAAUACCCUUAUUAAGAGUUGAGGUGGCAGCCUAUCUGGAUCCUUUGCAAUUUGCUUCCUCUCCUUCAGCACCCUCCUCUGCCCUGUUCGAGUUGUACCUAACUGUCAUAGCUGCUUCUCUCUGGGGGAACGAAUGGUCGAAGGGCCAUACUCAUCCAUUCCGACAACCUUCCAUGGUACACAUCAUUAACCUCUAUGGGAUCGGUGUCCCGUAUACGGGACGGUUGAGCUAAUGUGAUUAGCAUGACUGUUGUAAGUAACAGCAAACUUUCCAGGACAUAGACAUGUCUUAUAUGGGCAGAAAGCUUAAAUUAUUCUAAUUGCACUGUCCAAUUUACAGUAGCUAUUACAGUGAAAAAAUACCACAUUCACCUCUGAAGGUAAAUAAUGUACUUACAUUCAGUAAUCUUGCUCUGAUUUGUCAUUCUGAGGGUCCCAGAGAUAAAAUGUAGCAUAGUUAAAAAAAAAAAAAUCCAUUUUUUAUAUUCAAAUGUAGGAACUGGGUUCUACAGUUUGAACCCUUGCUGUCUCUGGCUCCACACCCACCCCGCCCGGCCAUCUAGAUGUGUAUAAGCUAAUUAUCCAUGUAUGACAUUCCUGGGAGUGUGUAAACUUACAUUUUGUAUUACCAUAUAAUUUUUGUAUGUUCUCUUUAGUUAUGUAUUUGAAAAUGUAUAAAUAGACCAAUUCGGAACAUUUGCCGACAUCCUCUAUCCAGACAUACCUGGCCAGGAUCAACUUCUUUCUCAAGUUGCUUACUGGGUCUUCAUGUUCCUCCUCUCACCAGCAAGUCUCCAUUCUUCUCAAGGGCCUCCAACGCACUGAAGUCCACCACCCCUCUCGCCGCCAGCCCAUCACCUUCGACAUCCUGUCUGCCUGCAUCCAGACGAUGUGGUCUGGUUACCUCUCCAUCCAGUUUCUUCCACACUAGAAUUAAUGUUUCUUUUGGGAUUCCUGCAAUCUUCAGAGUUUACAUCUGUUAUCUACAGCCCUUGUCAUCCUAGCGUGUCAGAUGUCACCAUCAAACACAGCAAAACCGAUCAGUUUGGCAGAACCACACCAGUCUACUUGUUCCGGCUGCCAUCUACCAUCAGCCCUUACGAACCACUCCCCUUCUUCCUGCAGCUCAGACAAUCACAACAUGCCUCCAUCUGAUCCACUAUUCAUCACCGAUUCUGGUUCCAUUCCCAUCUGAGACAAAUGCUAUCCUGCUGACCAAUUCUCCGGACAAUCCUCCGGACAAUGGCAUCCCGACAUGGCAUCUAAGACCACACCGUACAAAUCCUUGGCCGCUGGUCCUCUCAAGCCUAUCAUUCCUACAUCUGUUCUGACAUCAACAUCAGGACAGCCCACAACAUGCUCAUCUCUCAGAACCUGCUUUAACUCUGGCACAGUCCUCCAGUCUAUGCCUCAUUUCAUGAACACCAUCUACCUCUCGCACCAUAUCGUACCCAACCAGCCAAAAUAGGAUUGGCUCCCCAGCUGAGCCUGGUUCCUCUCAAGGUUUUCUUCCUUGCCACCGUCGCUUCUGCUUGCUCUCUAUAUCGCCAACCAUUUAGCACCUGCAUUCCAGAACAGCUCCCUUCCUCUCUAGGGUCCGACUAACUUGGAGUUCUCUUAUUUGGGAUUGCCUUCACCACAGCAGCCGAUCUACCAUGGCCUGAAGGUGAAGUCUACCUGAAACUCUAAGCCAAACCCUACAGAGUCAACCCCUCCGGAUCCUUCAUCUGCAGCCCUUAGCUUCAUCUGUUCCAUUCUCAUUUCCUCAAAUAUUCUUAACCCAUUUUCAUGUAUGGUUCUCAAACUUGUGAAAUUGAAGUUUUACCGUAGUUUUGAGUAUCUGAUUGGCUGACUAGAUUGGUACUACUCACACUGACAUUAAGGCAGAAUUUUUCUAACGUGUCAAAAAACUAUCGGGAUGCCGUAGAGGGCCCGGGAGCCCGUAUAAAUCUAAAUUAUGGGGACGUGGGGCUGCGAUGUAAUGUUCGCCCGAGUUUACUUUAUCUGCGAUUUCAGAAAUGCUUGUCGAGAGCCCGCAGGCAGAGCAAAUAAUGUUGUGCCUAUCGGCCCUAAACUUUAAAAUAAAGUGAACUAUCCCUUUAACCCAUCUUGAAGAAUGCCAGUGUUGGAGGUGCAGGGAUGAUGGAGUUCCUGAAGAAAGCAAUGGCCUCUUUGACCUACAGCUCCCUCUGUAUGCCGGAGGACAUCACUGCACGCGGUCUGGAGUCAAUCCCAAACUUCUUCUACAGGGAGGAUGGACUCCGGCUGUGGUACAUCGUCCACAGGUAAUGUUUGUACAGGCCUAUAGAUUUCCGUGGUGCAAAAAAGCCCAGAUCUGCGCAAAGAUAUUCCGUAAACCUCAAUUUGGCAGCAUGAUUUGAUUUGUGCAUUAAGGAUUAUAAAUCCAUGCAACUACAUUUUUGUAUUGCUCAGUACUACUUUGCUAUGUUGUCAUAAUGUUUUGGCUAAUGCCUGAUGUCCUGUGGUUUUGUAUAGUUUUGUUCAGAGAGUGAUUGGUCACUACUACACCUGUGACGCAGACGUCCAGAAGGACUGUGAACUGCAGGACUGGAUCAAGGAUAUCUUCUUCCAUGGGUUCCUGGCCAAAACCAGCACAGGUUACACUUUAAUCAUUUAAAAAACACAAUAUGCGUCAUAAAUGGCAACUUAUUUCCUAUUUAAUGCACUACUUUUGACCAGCUCUCUGGUUAAAAGUAGUGCACUAUAUAGAGAAAAGGGUGCAAUGUUUGACACAGACUACACUUUUUUAAAUUCAUGAUACUGUCGCAUCGCUGCAACUCAAAACUAUAAUAUUAAAUCACAACGCUUUUCUACAGAUCUGGUUAGUUGACUCAAUUAUUUCUGAUAAUCGUAUCUAUCCCCUUAUGUUUCUAAUUCAUAUAUUCUGGAUCAUUUGCAAAAUGAAACCAGCACAGGUUACACUUCUUUUUUUAAAAGACACAAUCUCCAUCACAAAUGUCAACCUAUUCCCUAUUUAGAGCAUUACUUAUGACCAGUGCAAAAUGUCAAUUCGGUGUCUGAUCAUUGUGUUUUACUGUAUCUUCCCUGUGCAGGAAUCCCUCAGUCUUUCAGUUCGGUGACAGAGCUGGUCAAGUUUAACACCAUGGUGAUCUUCACAGUGUCUGUCCAACAUGCUGCAGUCAACAAUGGACAGGUAAUGAACUUCGAAAACAUUUAAAAGAAAGCUGUAUCCUCCACUGUUAAUCAAAAUGUGAUUUUAGUUUUACAAAGUGUUUCUGAUCUAUUAUAUUGGAAAAGCAAAGUGGUUUGAUCUAUUUUGCCAUUGUCAUUCCAGUUUGAUUUUGGUGGCUGGAUGCCCAACUUCCCCAUCUCCCUGCAACAGCCUCCUCCCACCACUAAGGGGCAGUGUACUGAGAGCACCAUGCUGAAGACCUUUCCUGACAUCAACACCACCGUCAAUGGUAUGGCCACGGUGUACCUUCUGAGCAAGCAGUCCACUGACUUUGUGAGUAUAUGAGAGAAACUGUAUUGAGUAAAAUCCUAUGACAUUGAAACAUUUCAUGACAAUCCCAAUCAAAUCGUUUCCUUAGUCAUAAUUAGUAUAUCAGUGGUUCACGAAACAACAGUUUCCAUGUUAUUUCAUCAACUCUUGCCUACUUAGGUCGCUUUUGGAAAUGGCUAUCAGGAUCUCUUCAGCGAGAAGACCCCUCUGAAACUGAUUCAAGAAACUCAAGGUGUGCUGAAGAGAUACAACUUUGAAAUCCAAGGCAGGAAUGUCUCUUUGCCCUUGCCAUACACCCACCUGAAUCCCAACAAUGUGGAGAACAGUGUGGCCCUGUAAUGAGUCAGGGUCAUCUUUUAGGCACCAAAUGGAAGAA